UACAGCUAUUUACUGUAGGUGCGCAGCUUGUUGUGUUCCAGGAUCUCUUGCGCUUCUUGAGCUACUUGUAGCUGGACGUUCCUCACUCUUUCCAUGCCACAGUGCACACGUUUGCCGCCAUUUCAAGCUAGCGGAAAGCUGGAAGCAUCCGUGCUAUUUGUUGUGGCAGAAGCUACUUAACAUGCACCAUUUGUUUGUUGCAGUUUCAUAGUCCUCGGGUGCUCCCUUGCGCUUCACCCCAACACAAAAACAAAUUGACUAGACCUCUUGUGUUUCGGACUGGUGAGCUCUUAGGAUGGAAUCUGCAACUAAAAUAUGCGUGGUCGGGCCGCCAGGAGUAGGAAAGACUGCCAUCGCCAGACUCCUUGCUGACUGGGACACCAGUGCAGGGGCACCAUAUGUUGCAACGCAGGCUCUGAGGAUCCAGGAGCUUGACCGGUCGCUUGGCAAGAAGCGCUUCUCUAUUCAGUUGUGGGACUGCAGCGGGGAUUCCGAGUUCCAGCCCUGCUGGCCAGCACUGCAGAGAGGGGCACACGGACUGAUCCUGGUGCGGAAUGCUGAGGCAUCUUUGGAAGAGCAAGAGAAGCAGCUUGAAAAUUGGUACAAAGUGUUCGCAACACCGAACCGUCUGAAGGCAAGCCAGUGCGUCAUUGUCAACGUCAGCCGAUCCAACGGAGGCGUCAGUGGACUGCCAGCAGGUAGUGGACGCGGUCUUCUAGCAAACGUGAAUCAAGUAAACGUUUCCCUCUUAGAACCAGACUGCCAACAGCGCCUCUUUCUGGCUUUGGAGGGUAUUCUAGGGGGUGCUUAAAAAGUCCCGUGGCUUAGAACGGAAGAGGUGCGAGUAGCUGUGAGUGUCAGGAGCUCGUGCUAGCAAACCUGUUGCCGUUGUCAAGAAGAAGUUCUUAUCUCCAGGUAAUCUUACGCACCAUGAAUCUCCUGCAAUCGGGGAGUCUGUGCUGAGAUUCGAAGAUACCAUUUUAGAAAGGGGAAAGGCACCGAACUCGAGGAUUGAUCACGUCUUAAUAAGCGUCAUUAGAGUCGCUCAGUCAACUAAGAAAGGCACAGUCAAACAGGUCCUGAUUUCAUGUCCUUAAGCUUGCAGACAAAUGUAGAUAGAUGCAUGACGUUCGGUGUGUGCUCGAAGUCGACGGGUAGUCCCUGAAGCGGCGCCGCUUCUGGAAUACUUGCUCCAAACCCGCUUCAAAACCAACGGGGCGGCCGCUCGUGG